AUGUCCAACCCCAAGGCGAUGCAGCUGAUGCAAAAGGCGCAGGCGAACCCAAAGGUUCUGGCGGCGCUGCAGGACGUGCAGGCGCAAGGCUUCUCGCCGGCGGCUCUCGCGAAGUACUCGUCGGACCCCGAGCUGAUGGCGCUACUGACAGAGUUCCAGGAGGUGAUGCGGUGA